GAGAAGGCGUCAACAGAACAGCUAAAACUCAUUCUAACAAAAAUGUGAUAACAAGUGAUUUCCGAAAAGUUCUAAUUUAGUUUUGUUUUAUGCGAAUUUCAUUCAGGAAUAUACCAAUGAAGUCUUCAAAGAGCGCCGCCAACAAGAAGUGCAAACCGAUGGAUUAUACAAACUAUGCCUAUAAUGAGGCUGUUAGCCGGCUAAAGUUAAUGUUGGCCGAAUCGUAUGCCCCGCCCAGAGGUGGUAGUGGCGCCGGCUCAGCUGCGGGCGGUGGUAGUGGUGUUGCAGCGGCGUAUUUGCGGCAUGGAAAUGAGGAUUCCACGGAUAAUUAUUCAGAUAAUUUGUCGGUUAUCGAGCGUCCUAUUUAUUCGGAUAUUUCGAAGUACUUGUCACCAGCUCAAAAGUCACGCUUUAGUCCGGGUAUUCGCACAAAACCGAAACCUUACAAUGCUUUCUCCAAGGAUAAUUUGACACUUCAAAUGCCCUAUACGGGCAGCACUACCACCGCAACCGUUCCACUGGAAUAUUACACAACCAGCAAAUCACAACAACCCGCCGCUGAUAGUGUACAUGCGCCAGUUGAGAUUUUCAAUUUCAUCGAGAAGCAAGAGGACUACAUUGAGCAACUGGAGAAAGAGUCCAAAUACUGCCGCAAUGAGUUGUCCAAUUUGCUUGGCAAAGUCAAAGACGUGAUCAACGAGAAUACGCACCUCACGGAGACCGCACGCUCCGAGUUAGCCACAUUGAGCUGUGUCGAUAAGACACUGCCCACAACAAGUCCCUCCUCGGAUAGUGAUGAACGGCAGCAAUACAAGAAGAAGGCUUCCACAACACCGCGCAGCAAGAAAGACUCUUCCUCUGGCACGGUGAAAUCACCUCGAUACGCGUCAGCACCAAAUAUCGUCUACGAAGCGCGCAUAAGCGAGCUCGAAGCAGAGUUGAUGCAAUCAAAUAUCGAUUUGAAACGUUUGAAAACGGAAAAUGAAGAGCUCAAACGCAAAUUGGCACACGUUGACCCACUAGUGCUAGCUGGUGCCCAUGCAGCCACUCCAGCUACUAACUCGUCGGCCGCUAAUUGUGACGCGCAUCGCAAACAAAUCGACCACCUGCAGCAGGAGAAGAAUGCGCUCGAGGAUAGCGUGCGGCAGCUGCAAAAAAUGUUGGACGAAGCCAAGUCGCAGCAGUACCAGAGUGGGGCCUCGUCCAAGCGUUACAUCAGCGAUCUAGUGCAGAUGGAGCGCUCACAGGCGGAGUUGGAGGUGAAGCAUCUGCGUGAGGAGCUCGAUCGGCAGCAUGAGCGUGUGCGCGAGCUACAGCAUGAGAUGGCGCGUCGCAUUGCCGAUGAACGCGCCAAUGCCGAACGACGCUACAACACGCAGGUGGAUCAAUUGGGCGGCGAUCUGAGCAAUCAGUGGGAGCAGGUGGCCAAAUUGCAAUUGGAUUUGGAACGUGAGAAACGUUACGCAAACGAUCUAAAGCGUGAUCUCUCGAAUCGCAAUGCACAGAUCGAUGAGCUGAAGAUGGAGCUGCGUUCAAAUCGGAAUACUUUCUUGGCCGAUAUGGCGCAAGCGAAUGCGGAGAAGCAAUCCUUGGAGCAGGAAAUCACUUCUUUGCGGCUGCAGCUGGAUCGUGCGGCGCGUGAGGCGAAAACUGAGGCGACGCGUCUGACGGCCGAGAUCAGUUCGUUGCGACAGCGUUUGGAUCGCGGCGAUGCCGAUUUGUUGCAUUCCAAGCGCGAGGUGCUGCGCCUGAAUGAUGAGAUUGCCAAUUUGGAGAAAGAGCUGGCCUACGGUGAGAUGAAAAACGAAAUUCGGCCCACUAAAAAAGAUUUAGAUAAGCGUAUGACAGAGAUGCAUGAUAAGCAUGCCGAAACCGUAAAUGAACUUGAGAAUAUGAUACAGAAUCAGAAGCAACUCAUGGAUAAAUUGACUAGCGAAUGCAAAACGUUGACGAGUAAACUCGAGGAUACAGCUAUCAAACACAAAACAACAGCAACAACAAUGCCGAUAGACAGUAUUACAACCACAAAACUCCAACCGACCACGUCAAAGCCAACAACCACAAGGCAAGUGCCAUGCAAACCGCCUACAGUGUGGGCAACAACGCCGUCUGCGACACACGCACCCAGGACGCGCACGACAACGCCAACUCCCUAUGUAGCAACAACAACAACUACAACCAGCGGCGUCGCUUGGUCUGUGCCAACACAUUUGACAACCACCUGCUCACAGACGCCGGCAAUGAAAACGACUACAAAAACAAAAGAAAUUGUCAGCGAAGCUACAACGAAACAGGCCUCAGCACCAGCACCAACACCACCUACCACAAGCAGUUCAUUAACGGGCACCAAGCCAAAAAUACCGCUAGCAACUUCGCUAGCGGCCACAAGCGGAAACGAGUACGUUUUGCCGCCUAAGAGUGCUGUCGAAAAAGAUUUGGAAGCAGUAGACACACAUAGAUCACGCUCACCAGCACCAAAGCUAUCACAGAUGCGUCGUCGCCACGGCUACGGAAGUGACGAGGAUAUCCUAGCGAAUAUUACGAAAAGCAACGAGCGACUCGAACGCGAACUAGCCAAAAUGCCACCACUUCCUACGUUGCCACUGUCGGUGCAUCGACGCCAGCAACGUUGUGCACAUUUGCGACGUACACCAUCGGCUUUUCUGCGACGCAGCGCCAGCGAUGAAGGUGGUGGUCGCGGCGCGACCAAGACGACGAACGCCGCCGAAUGGCGUGAACUCUACGGCACUCAUGGUAGUUGUAGUACAGACAUGAAACACUUAGCAAGUUGUACACAUUUUGAGCCGAUAGCGUGCACAUGUUGUUGUAGUGCAAACAAUGGGGAAAGCAAUAUUAGUAGAGCGCCCACAGGGAAGCAAACACAAUGCACCGAUAGUAAAUAUUUCUCUGACACUGCGUACACGUUGGGCGCGAACACUGGCACAAAUGUAGACACAACAACGGCCACAAAAACCAGCACAGCUGUCACAGCUGUCACAACAAAAAAAGCAGCAUUUGCACAUAGUUUUUGUAGCAGUUGUCACAACUAUACAUGGGAUGCGCACGCCGUUGCCACAAUCACUACACCCACAGCAACUUGUAAAACACAGAGUAGGUUAAAAGGACAGGCGGCAAGUGGCACGCUGACAGCGGAAACGAGCUCUAUCGCAGAUGCGUCCCUAUGUGGUAGUCAUCCUACGACUUCCGUUACAUACUCCACACCUGCGAGGGAAGCGCUCAACACAACAGCUAUACCACCGCCACAUUGCGGCACUCAUUUCAUGCAUUACGAUAAAUCGACUGCCGCACCGAAGCUCUGCACGUCCUGUAAUCCGCUUGCGCCCGCCGCAGCCUGUUCUUCAACGACAUUGCAACCAUCGGCUUGCUAUCCACAUGUACACUGCAAAACAGAGCCGUUGCCUUGGCUGCAACAGCAUCUAGUUUUGAAUCAAACUUUUAGUGGACUCGAACGCCAGUCCGUAGAUUACUGCCAUGCAUGUCAGAGCCCAAGUCAAGGCGAGCACUUGACGGCGCCAACUGAAAGCAAGGCAAAAAUGCCAGAAGCAAGCAAAUCAGCGACUAAGUCAACCGCGAGUCGAGAGGAAGCAGCUACGCGCCUAACGCAACCGAGUUACAAACCACGCACCUAUUUUGAAGAGCUACUGCGUCGCGAUAAAUGCUGUGCGGUUAAGAGGGUGGGUGGUAGUGCGUCCCGCGAGUGCGUAACACCACACGAAUGUGUAGUGGCAAAGAAAAAGCCACGACCACCUGUCAAAGUAGACGUAAAUGUGCGACUGGUGCCCAAGCCGGGUAGAGAGCAUAAGGAGAAAGUAGAAAAAGACACAGCAGCGCCACGCGAAGUCAAAGUACAAUUAACAGAGCCUGCAAUAACAGAUGCCAAGCCCAAUGAGCGCGAGCGGGAAGAAGUUUAUGGAGCGCAAGACCUACCACCCGCCAUAGAUAUACCCGACUUGCCUUUAGAUGACGAAGAACGUCAGCAACUACGCGAAACGAAUGAAAAACUUAUGGAUCGGCUAAAGCAAAUAUGGGCCAGCUAUAAGGAAUUGCAUAUGGAGCGUGAAAAAUCAAGAAAACAGCUGAGUUGGACACGUCCAAAUGGACGUCAGCGGUCUGCAAGUGAUACAGCCGAGUCGACAGGGGAAGAGCAUUUUUCUGCGCUAGCAAACACAAGAACAACAGCAACACCAAUGCCGAUAGACAGUAUUACAACCACAAAACCCCAACCGACCACGUCAAAGCCAACAACCACAAGGCAAAUGCCAUGCACAGCGCCUACAGUGUGGGCAACAAAGCCGUCUGCGACACGCGCACCCAGGACGCGCACGACAACGCCAACUCCCUAUGUAGCAACAACAACAACUACAACCAGCGGCGUCGCUUGGUCUGUGCCAACACAUUUGACAACCACCUGCUCACAGACGCCGGCAAUGAAAACGACUACAAAAUCAAAAGAAAUUGUCAGCGAAGCUACAACGAAACAGGCCUUAGCACCAGCACCAACACCACCUACCACAAGCAGUUCAUUAACGGGCACCAAGCCAAAAAUACCGCUAGCAACUUCGCUAGCGGCCACAAGCGGAAACGAGUACGUUUUGCCGCCUAAGAGUGCUGUCGAAAAAGAUGUGGAAGCAGUAGACACACAUAGAUCACGCUCACCAGCACCAAAGCUAUCACAGAUGCGUCGUCGCCACGGCUACGGAAGUGACGAGGAUAUCCUAGCGAAUAUUACGAAAAGUAACGAGCGACUCGAACGCGAACUAGCCAAAAUGCCACCACUUCCUACGUUGCCACUGUCGGUGCAUCGACGCCAGCAACGUUGUGGGCAUUUGCAUCGCACACCAUCGGCUUUUCUGCGACGCAGCGCCAGCGAUGAAGGUGGUGGUCGCGGCGCGACCAAGACGACGAACGCCGCCGAAUGGCGUGAACUCUCCGGCACUCAUGGUAGUUGUAGUACAGACAUGAAACACUUAGCAAGUUGUACACAUUUUGAGCCGAUAGCGUGCACAUGUUGUUGUAGUGCAAACAAUGGGGAAAGCAAUAUUAGUAGAGCGCCCACAGGGAAGCAAACACAAUGCACCGAUAGUAAAUAUUUCUCUGACACUGCGUACACGUUGGGCGCGAACACUGGCACAAAUGUAGACACAACAACGACCACAAAAACCAGCACAGCUGUCACAGCUGUCACAACAAAAAAAGCAGCAGUAGCACAUAGUUUUAGUAGCAGUUGUCACAACUAUACAUGGGAUGCGCACGCCGUUGCCACAGUCACUACACCCACAGCAACUUGUGAAACACACAGUAGGUUAAAAGGACAGGCGGCAAGUGGCACGCUGACAGCGCAAACGAGCUCUAUCGCAGAUGCGUCCCUGUGUGGUAGUCAUCCUACGACUUCCGUUACAUACUCCACACCUGCGAGGGAAGCGCUCUACACAACAGCUAUACCAUCGCCACAUUGCGGCAGUCAUUUCAUGCAUUACGAUAAAGCGACUGCCGCACCGAAGCUCUGCACGUCCUGUAAUCCGCUUGCUCCCGCCGCAGCCUGUUCUUCAACGACAUUGCAACCAUCGGCUUGCUAUCCGCAUGUACACUGCAAAACAGAGCCGUUGCCUUGGCUGCAACAGCAUCUAGUUUUGAAUCAAACUUUUAGUGGACUCGAACGCCAGUCCGUAGAUUACUGCCAUGCAUGUCAGAGCCCAAGUCAAGGCGAGCACUUGACGGCGCCAACUGAAAGCAAGGCAAAAAUGCCAGAAGCAAGCAAAUCAGCGACUAAGUCAACCGCGAGUCGAGAGGAAGCAGCUACGCGCCUAACGCAACCGAGUUACAAACCACGUACCUAUUUUGAAGAGCUACUGCGCCGCGAUGAAUGCUGUGCGGUUAAGAGGGUGGGUGGUAGCGCGUCACGCGAGUGCGUAACACCACACGAAUGUGUAGUGGCAAAGAAAAAGCCACGACCACCUGUCAAAGUGGACGUAAAUGUGCGACUGGUGCCCAAGCCGGGUAGAGAGCAUAAGGAGAGAGUAGAAAAAGACACAGCAGCGCCACGAGAAGUCAAAGUACAAUUAACAGAGCCUGCUAUAAUAGAUGCCAAGCCCAAUGAGCGCGAGCGGGAAGAAGUUUAUGGAGCGCAAGACCUACCACCCGCCAUAGAUAUACCCGACUUGCCUUUAGAUGACGAAGAACGUCAGCAACUACGCGAAACGAAUGAAAAACUUAUGGAUCGGCUAAAGCAAAUAUGGGCCAGCUAUAAGGAACUGCAUAUGGAGCGUGAAAAAUCAAGAAAACAGCUGAGUUGGACACGUCCAAAUGGACGUCAGCGCUCUGCAAGUGAUACCGCCGAGUCGGCAGGGGAAGAGCAUUUUUCCGCGCGUACUUAUAGUUUAGACAAGGUUGAUGACUACUCCAAGUCCUCUCCGUACAAUUAUGACUCCAUACUCGGCAAGUCCGGCACAUCCGACACAUUCGGCGGCAACGCUACUACCAGUAACAACAGCAACACAACACCCGCCACUACCACCGCCGGCUCCUUAUACAACAAACCCGCUUACGACCGACCACCCACCGUUAGCGGCGAUGCAAACAAUGACUACAACUCCAGCUAUAACAACAAGUAUGGUCUCAACGAUCCCGAUGACGAAAAUAUCAAGGACAAUUUGGGAGAAGGCGAGAAGAGGCGCAACAACAAUGACCUCAUCAGUGGCAGCAACAUCGACGGAGCAAUCAGCAGUGCUGACCCAAUCAAGUCCGACUAUGAUUACACCAAAGACUAUAGCAAAGACUACGACAAAGAUUACACCAAAGACUACAGUAAGGAGUACACCGCUGGCGACGUCAACACUGGUUCCACUGCGGCAGAUUUAUCGGGCAGCACCACCGACCCAAACGUGGCCGCUCCCAUCACCGGCAGCAGCAAUGACUACAAUACCGAUUACAGCGGCUACGAGGGAUAUGGACAGCAACAAUAUGAUGCCAGCGCAUAUGAUGUAUCCGCUUAUGAUCAGUCCGCCUACGACGGCAGUCAGCAGCAGUAUGGCACAGCAGGGCAAUAUGACACUAGCGGACAGAGCGGCUACGACACCAGCGGAGGACAAGGCGGCUAUGCUGACUACUCAGCUACAGACUACGACCAGUCCGCCUACCAGUACGAAAGUACACCCGCAGUGGCUGCCAGUGGAGAAGGCGCAACAGCGACAGCGGCCAGCGAAAAUAUCAAAACACCACCGGCAACCACCGCUGGCAGCAGUGGCAGCGGCGGCGGCGUCGUCGGCACAACACCAACCCCCACACCAACAGCAAACCACCAUCAAAUCCCAGCGGCAGCGCAUCAGCCGGCUCACCAGUCGUGCCAUCUGCCAGUGGAGUCCCCACGAACGUUGCUGGCCGCGCAACAACGGAGAGCCGCAAUCAACCUCGAACGGGCGGUAGCGCUGUGGGGCCAGGAGGUGCCAGUGGCAGCGGAUCAGUCGGCGGAGGAAAAUCCAAUCUGCCACAACAGUCUGCCACGCCCGCCACCAAAAAGUAGUUGCGCUGAGUGGGUGAGCGAUGGUGUGAGUCCGUCCAGUGAGCUGUGCGAUCCAUUUGAGUUGGAGUUUACCAUAAGUAGUCCAAGUUUAAUGCGUUCCUUCGGUUCAGGUUCUUCCUGCACUGAGGUGGAAAAUAAUGGCGAUUUCGAUUCGAUUUCUGAAAUGAGCAUAUCACCGGCGCAGACGGCAAUUAGGCGGAUAACAGUGAUGGGUGCUGAGGCGGAAGAACGAGCGGUUAAUGCGAAUGGUGGAAAUGGAGUGGCGGAGCAACGGAAAGCGGAAAAAGGGCGAACAAUUUAACGAAUGUGACAGUAGCAAUAGUCCAAAAAAUUUUAUUUGUAUGCUUAAGAGUAAGCAAUUUGUAAAAAGAUUAGCUAUUAAUAAAAUGUAUAACCUUAGAGUUAAAUAGCAUGCGAUUGGAACAAAAUUUAAUUUAAAACGAGUUAUUAUAAA